AAGUUAUUCCCCCUUGACGCAAAGUCACCUUUUGUUCACAAGAUAAGCAAAAGUGAUAAUUUCAUUAAAACUCAUGGAAUUUUGUAUCUUUAAUUAUCGGUUUAUUUCAUAUUUGUAUUUGGUGCAUGAUAAAAUUGAGUAAUUUCAGGUGUAGAUUAAGAUAUAGGUCCCUAGCAGGUUCAACAGUGUAAUGAAGGUACAGUUACGACUGUCAUCUAAUCCACCCGAAGGAUAACAAAAUAUGGUCUUGUCCUAUAAAUAUAUGACAUUGCUUUGUGAUAUUUUUACUUCUUUGCAAUGCUAAACAUACACUAUAACAAUUUACUUUAAUGUUUUGGACUAAAUAUGAUCGGUCAUUUGGAGCAUUGGGUUAACAUUAUUGACUCACUAAUAUUAUUUAUAACAAUAACAUGUUACUUGUAGUUAAAGCAAGAUUUCCUCAGUGAUAUAGUAAUGUAAUUAUCUGACCACAUGAACAAAUGUGACAUCUGGUGAUGUUCAGUCUACAGUUCAUGAGAUUUACAAUUUGUAUUUAGAUUUCAAUAAGAAUGAAUCAUCAUGGAUUAGUAUAUUUAACUGAUCUGCAAAAUGAAUGACAAUGAAUGAGACAUUCUGACAUUUAUGAUGUUAAUGGACUUAUAAAUCUUGAAUUAUUUUGUAAAGGUUGACAUAAUUCUGUCAAGAUAAUCAAAAACCAUGGAAGACUCAGAAAUGGAUACACAUGCAGUUUCCAUAAAUUAUGAUAAAAUUAUGUCAGGUAUUGUUAAACAAGAAAAUGAACUACUUGAAAAUAUUGAACAUAUUAGACAGGGAAGGAAUUUAGAUGACAACUCAAGAAUUGAUUUGUCUGAUGGACAAGAGAUUGUUAACACCUCAGGAUAUGAACCAAUAAGUUUAGGACAUUACAUUACAGUUCAAAGCAAUACUACUAGCACAGAAAGUGCCGAUAAAUCUUUAUUAAAUAAAUGGGCUGAUGAUGAUAUGAAUGAUAAACCCCAGUCAUUGACUGAAAAUGCAACAGAAAAAGCAAUUGGUGAUAACUUUUGUAUUGCAGAUGAUAUUUUGACAAUAUUUCCCUUUGUCUGUGGUAUAUGUAAUGAGAAAUUUAAAUCUUUGUCAGUGUAUUUUAAGCAUAUUUCAGUGCAUGAAAAGAUGAAUACAUUCUUACACUGCUGUGAUAAGUCUGCUGCUUCAGUAGAAGGGACAGUUACUCUGUUUUCUUGUGGUUUAUGUAGUAUGAAGUUUCCCACAUUGUGUACACUACAUGAACAUUUGAUAGAAUCCGAGUUUACAGAUGACUUUGUGUUUAAGAGAAGUGAAAAUACUGUUUAUGCUUAUCAUGAAAAUGUUUCUGAACAUAAAUGGUUGGCAGAUAAUGUGGCACAUACAUAUGGAACUAGAAAAAGGACUGAAUCACAUUCGAAUGACAACACAUAUGUAGACAGUGUUAAGACAGAAACCAGUGUAAAGUUAUCAGAAGAAAAUCUUGACAAUAAUUGUUUGCACGACGAUUCAGGGAACCAGUCUGACACAACAAUAAUCACAGAAUAUAAACAUGUGUUUAACAUAGGUAGAAAAUCUAAAUCUAAGAGGUAUAAAAAGGACAUUGAGAAGAGCAAGAAAAAAGGUAGAAGUAAAGCCCUUGCUGUUAAUAAUGUCACACCUACUGGAAGGAAAAGGGUAAAAAGGAAGGAUAUAAGCAGGAUUAAAAAAGAUUACACUGAUACAGACAUGUCUUCAAACAUUGUUGGUGAUAUUAGUGAUGUUAAUGAUGUAAAGGCUGAUAAUGAUGAUGUUAUUGCUGCUGCUACUACUGCUGCUGCUGCUGCUGAUGAUGAGCAUGACAAAACAACAUGUAAAAAAGAUAAUAUUAAGCAAGAGGUGACAAAAGGCUCUAAGAAGAAAGGAGAUCAGAUGUUUCCAUGUGAAAUUUGUGGUACUUUUGUUAAACGCCAGUGUAUUCGAAGACACAUGAUUUCACACAAGGAGAGGACAAUGUCAUGUGACCAGUGUGAAAAUUUGUACAACUGUAAGUUUCAAUUGAGAACACAUAUAAAACAAGUUCAUACUGAUGAGAAGAAAUUUACAUGUGAUGAGUGUGGGAAGAGCUUUAAAGCCUGGCCUUAUCUCAAACAACAUAGACAAGUACACAUCAAGGAAAGGAAUAUUUUAUGUCCAGCUUGCCCAAUGAGGUUUAAAUAUGCAGCUUUACUAAGGGUCCAUAUGAGAACACAUUCAGAUAUGAAACCCUUUGCUUGUGAGCAGUGUGGAAAAAAGUUUAAACGAGGGGAUUCAUUGACAACUCAUAAAAAAUACCAUACAGAAGAUAAACCCUACUCUUGUCCAGAGUGCCACAAAACGUUUAAAGUAAAACGAGAUAUGAAAAAACACUUCAGAGUUCAUCUCCCGCCAAAAUUUUCCUGCUCAGUUUGUGGAAAAUCAUUCGUUCAGAAGUACAACAUGAGAGUUCAUAUGAAAAUACAUGGAAAUGUUUCCUGACAACGUAAAUAAGAUUGAAUACUGACCAGUUUAUUGUGCCAAUUUUCUUUCUGUUCACAGAGUCUUUAUUUGUUGACUAAUAUCUUUGAUAAUUUUAGUACAUUACUCUCGGUUUAUCAUAGAGUCUUUAUUUGAUGACUAAUAUCUUUGAUAAUUUUGGUACAUUACACUCUGUUUAUCAUCGAGUCUUUAUUUGUUGACUAAUAUCUUCGAUAAUUUUGGUACAUUACAUUUAAGUAACCUUACAUGUACAUCUACAUGUACCAUUCAGAGGGAUACUAGUUUAAUGGGGUGAAGAGGUCACUAGAGAUUUUUUUUGAAUUUUUCUUUUACAUCUAGGGGUGUUAUGUUUACAAGUUGUGUCAGCUCAGCAUUAUAGGUACUUACUAACCUAAUGGUUAAUUUCUCCAAGAUAUCGCGUAUAUAUGACACACAAUUUUUGUAUUGAUUCGUUUAGCUCAAAACAUUUAAUUUGAUCUUGUAAAACUGCCAGUAUUAAUCAUCAGAAAAUAUUUAACCAUUUUAACAUUUCUUUCAAUAAAGAGUGGAAAUCUACCUAACUCACUAUAGAGAGCUAGAUUGCUUAACAUUUAGUAUCCAUUUACAAAAUUUCUUAUGUACUUUUUCUAUAACCUCUGAAUUUAUAUAACCCCAUACCUCUGCGCCAUAAUUUAAAACAGAGAGUACAUACAAAUCAAAAAGAUUAAACGUUAUAUUUAUUGUAACUGUCAUACUACGAACAAUAGCCCACAAAGAAUGUAGAGAUCGCAACCCUUUCCCGUUUAAUGUGUUUUGCUGCUUGUAUAAAAGACUGGAGAAUACAACCCCUAGGAAAUUUAAGACUUUACUAUUUCUAUUUUAUGAUUAUUAUAAUACCAUUUGUCGUUUCUUCUUAACUUCCCCCCUUUCCUAAACACUACAACUUUAGUUUUUCUAUGUUGACUGUAAGGUUCCAUUUACAACAAUAAGAAUAUAAACUAUCUAGUGAUUUUGCAACCCAGUACUUGUUUGGAGACGAUUACCGCGUCAUCAGCGAAUAGGAGCAGAUAUAUCUAAAUUUAAUCAAUAUUUAUUCCAGCGUCAAUAUUUUUCUGUAAUUGCAUUUCUAUAUCAUUUAAAUAUAAAGAGAAUCAAAUUGUUGCAUUACUAGAUAUUUAGGAUACAGGAAUUUUUGUGACUGUUUUAAAUGAUUUGUGUGUGAUAUACAUGUAUUUUAAAUUUUAAUACAAUUUGUUGUAAAUAAAUUUUAGACUUGAAUGGAAAUUUUAGCAUAUUAUAUUGUAAUAAUAGUUUUAGAUUUUAAUUAUACAGAUAUAAUUAAUUCACAGGUACGUAAAUUCACUUGUUAUUUUGCAAUCAUGAAAGAUUUUUAUCAUGUUUAAGAUUGUAUUGAGUGCAUUAUUGUACUUGACCAUGUGCCAUAGUAAGUAGGCAUUUUACAUG